AUGAACUACUUUUGCUUUUCGGAGUUGAAUCCAGUGGUUUCUAAAUAUUUUACUAACUUAAGUAAUGCUGAAGCUACGGUCCAGAAAAUUGUUUCCGAAAUCUUACCAGCCUCUACCGGCAUAGGAUUUACCAAGAAUGCGCGCGACCUUCUGAUAGAAUGCUGCGUCGAAUUUAUCACACUAAUUUCAUCAGAAGCCAAUGAAAUUAGUGAAAAGGAGAGCAAGAAGACUAUAGCAUGCGAACACAUCACUAAGGCAUUAGAACAGCUAGGUUUUGGAGACUACGUACAGGAUAUUUUAAGCGUUGCAAGUGAACAUAAGGAAAACUUGAAGGGACGAGAAAAAAAGGCCAACAAGAUGGAGCAGAGCGGCUAUUCUGCUGAGGAGCUCCUAGCUAUGCAAGUUGCCGCUUUUCAAGAUGCUGCAAAACGACAUGGCUAA